AUGGAGGCCGCUGGCUUGGUUCUGGGUGCCCUGCCGCUGGUGAUCCAAGCUUUCCAAACAUACCGAACAAUACUUGCAACCAUGAAGAAUACCCAACAUGAAUUGAACUCGAUGAUUCGCGACUUGAAAACUGAGACAUUAAUCCUGCAAAACACGUGCGAGACCUUGCUAAGGGGUAUUGCUUCAGACUCUGAAAUUGAGGACAUGAUAGAAAAUCCUUAUGGCGAUGCAUGGAAGGGAUAUGACGACGAAGUGAGGUUGCGCAUGUGGAGAUCUGGGCAAGUUUUCCAGGAUCGGGUUGCAGACAUGAUGAAAGCAACAUCAGAGCUUCAGGAAAGGCUGGCCCUGGACGGCGAGGGCAAGGCGCGACUCACCGACCGUGCUUCCAUAUUGAUUGAACUGAGAUGCAAAACCUCCUUCACCCUCAGGAAAGACCAAUAUGUUAGCAUUCUUGCCAGAUUGCACGAUGGAAACGCCGUGCUGAGCGAACUAGCGAGACAGAACAGUGACUUGGAGUCAACCAGACGGUCACGAUCACAGACAAAGGCAGCCCGUCUCAUUCGCAGACUGUCCGCGAGUAUAUUCUCUGCCCUCCAGGGAUCCAUGAGAUGUAGCUUGCUCGGCACUCAGGGGAAAAGCUCUCAGAGAUGGGACAAUAUGCGCGUCAGGCUGGCAGAGAAGGAAGUCAGUCCACAGGUUUUGACGAUCCCACCAGCACAGCCCCAGCCGCCGAAGAGAAAACUCAGAUGGGCUUCCUCCUUGUCCGUCCGACCAACAAAAAUUGACCCUAGCUCUUCGUCAUCAAAAGCACCACUCAAUUCCUCAACAACUCCCGUGACUCACGCUGCCCUACCCCGAGCUCACAUUACCGACCUGUGCCAGAUACUGCGGAAAGGAAAAUGCCUGUCUUCACAAUGCUACGGCUUCAUCAAUGGCAAGUCAAACCAAUUUGACCUGUAUCAUCAAGAUGGCCCAUUGUCGUGCUGUAGCACCAUCACCCUGAGGCAAAUCUUGGAAGGCAAAGACAAGAACAUCAACAACCUUGGGUAUCCGGAAAGAUUGAAGCUCGCCUUGACACUUUCUUUCAGUGUCCUCCAUUUGUACAACACACCUUGGCUAUCGAAGAUUGUUACACUUGACGACAUCGUUUUCUUCCGUGGGGAAGACACCUUGGGAUAUUCCGAUUCCAGCGAUGACGAACAGACUUAUAGAUUCCACGCUCCUGUCACUUGGAUUGGCAGGUCCUUCAAAAUGGCGGCAUUAACUAUUCAGGAGCCGUUCGGUGGUGCUUAG